UGCAGGCCAGGCCAUUGCCAGACACCGUCACUCUUUUUGUCCAUCCGCCAUGCGUGUCCAAGGCCUCGCGCGGCUUCCGCUGCGCAAUGUGGUUUUUCGCAAUGCCACCAGUGCUGGCCGCAGGACGUUCGUGUCCGCGGCAGCAUCUCCCUUCCAACGAACACCCUUGACCGGCCAGAAUCACGAUCGAAUAGGCCAGGUCCAGCUGCAGUACCAAUCACGACGGUGGCAGUCCGCCGCUGCCGCAGUCCUCGAGACGGCCAUGCACGAUCCGACCUCGCUCUCACAAGCCGCCAUCGUCGACAAUCUCGAUCCGAAAGAAGCAGCUCGUUUGGACAAAGUCAGAAACAUUGGAAUUGCAGCACAUAUCGAUUCUGGCAAGACAACUGCCACUGAGCGCGUGCUGUUCUAUACCGGACGUGUGAAGGACAUUCACGAAGUGCGUGGCCGCGAUGGCGUGGGCGCAAAGAUGGACAGCAUGGACUUGGAAAGAGAGAAGGGCAUCACCAUCCAGUCUGCCGCCACCUUCUGUGACUGGGUCAAGAGGACGCCUGACCCCGUCACUGGAGAAUUGAAAGAUGAGAAAUAUCACAUCAACUUGAUCGAUACCCCCGGGCACAUUGACUUCACAAUCGAAGUGGAAAGAGCUUUGAGAGUGCUGGAUGGUGCUGUCAUGAUCUUGUGUGCUGUGUCUGGCGUGCAAUCGCAGACUGUCACAGUUGAUCGGCAGAUGAAGCGCUACAACGUCCCUCGAUUGUCGUUCGUGAACAAGAUGGACCGAGCUGGUGCGAACCCAUGGAAGGCGGUGGAUGGCAUUUCUCAGAAGCUGCGGAUCCCCGCUGCGGCUAUUCAGAUACCAAUUGGUGCCGAGGACGAAUUCAAGGGCGUGGUGGAUCUGCUCAGGAUGCGCGCAAUCUAUUCAGAAGGCGAGAAAGGUGAAAUCGUGCGUGAGGAUGAGUGCCCUGCGGAUUUGGUCGAAUUUGCCAAGGACAAGCGACAAGUCUUGAUCGAGACGCUCGCUGAUGUCGACGAUGCCAUUGCCGAUGCUGUUCUGGAGGAGCGUGAACCUGCCGUGGACGAGAUCAAGGCUGCGAUUCGUCGUGCAACUAUUGGCCUGAAGUUCACUCCCGUGAUGAUGGGAUCCGCUCUGGCUGAUAAGUCGAUUCAACCCAUGCUUGAUGCUGUCGUCGACUAUCUGCCAAAUCCUUCCGAGGUCGAGAAUUUGGCGCUGGAUCGCAGAAGGAACGAGACUCCCGUGAAGCUUGUCUCCUACAACUCCCUGCCAUUUGUUGGUCUCGCAUUCAAGCUGGAAGAGUCCAACUUUGGCCAGCUCACAUAUAUCCGUGUUUAUCAAGGAAAGCUUUCAAAGGGCCAAAAUGUCACCAAUGCUCGUACUGGUCAAAAGGUCAAGGUUCCGCGUAUCGUACGCAUGCACUCCAACGAGAUGGAAGAAGUGUCCGAAAUUGGGGCUGGUGAGAUCUGUGCCGUGUUUGGUGUAGACUGUGCUUCAGGCGACACUUUCACUGAUGGUGGCAAGCUUGACUACUCCAUGACAUCCAUGUUCGUUCCGGAUCCGGUCAUUUCGCUUUCGAUCAAGCCAAAGCACACCAAGGACACGCCAAAUUUCUCGAAAGCUAUUUCCAGAUUCCAACGCGAGGACCCUACUUUCCGUGUACAUGUCGACACUGAGUCUGGCGAGUCCAUCAUCUCUGGCAUGGGAGAGCUCCACUUGGACAUCUACGUCGAGCGCAUGAAGCGUGAGUACAAAGUCGAGGUCGUCACAGGACAGCCGCAAGUCGCAUACAGAGAAACAAUCCAAGAACAUGUCGACUUCGACCAUCUUCUGAAGAAGCAGACCGGUGGUGCUGGAGACUAUGCCCGCGUUGUCGGAUAUCUCGAACCUGCCGAGCCUGCUGAGGGAUCUGAGAACACCUUGGGAGAGAACAAGUUUGAGUCCCAGAUCGUGGGCGGUACCAUUCCAGAGAAGUACCUGUUUGCUUGUGACAAAGGUUUCCAGGCUUCUUGCAUCAAUGGACCUCUGCUGGGACACCGCGUCUUGGGCGCAUCAAUGGUCAUCAACGACGGAGCCACUCACAUGACCGAUUCCUCCGAAAUGGCCUUCAAGAACGCCACGCAACAGGCCUUCCGUAAAGCUUUCCUGGCUGCCAAGCCUCAAGUGCUUGAGCCACUGAUGAAGACUGUGAUCACCGCACCUGUCGAGUUCCAAGGAAACAUUGUCGGUCUGCUCAACAAGCGUAAUGCGGUGAUCAACGACACUGAGAUCGGUGCCGAGGAGUUCACACUCACUGCUGAUUGCUCGCUGAACAGCAUGUUUGGUUUCUCGUCCCAGCUUCGCGCUGCCACCCAAGGCAAGGGAGAGUUCUCGAUGGAGUUCAGCCACUACUCGCCUGCUCCACCGCAGUUGCAGAAGGAGUUGAUUGCGAAGCAUGAGAAGGAGAGAGCGGAGAAGAACAAGAAGUAGAUGAUGAUCGACAUACAGCUCCAGCUUCGGUCGGUCUUGUUGUGCCAGCCGGGCUUUGGGUUGCGAUGGAAUUGCCACGAGCUGAUGAACGAGCCAGGCUCAGAAGGACUCUCGCUCGAACUUCGAAGCCGAUCUUCUCGUGCCAGACUGGCACUCCGAUGGCAUAUGAAAGUCUUGAAGUGCACCGAGGCAUCCAGGCCACCCAGACGUUCCCCAGCAUCCGUGUUUCGGAUCCGCAACGGCAUGAGACUCCAGGCGAUGUACGAUACUCUGUACAAAGAGGACAUGAUGGCAUGCCCAUGUAUAGGUUGGCGCUCUGGGACAAAGCAUAUCACGCCCAUGGUUGGCGAAUGCAUGGCCAAACAGCGCCACAUCUCCGCUUCGGAUUGCAUUGUUAGAGACUUUUAGAUCCUAUGACUGAUAAAUGUAUAGAUAUGCAUCCUCGAUGGGCUAUUGCCUCCUAAUUGACAGCGAC